GCUUGGAAGUCAGGGGAGAGCGCCGCUGACGUGGUAGCCGCCGCUGCUUUCGCCGGGGGAUAAUAAGCCGGGAUCUUCCAUACCCAUUGAUUAACUAUGGAAGACUAUACCAAAAUAGAGAAAAUUGGAGAAGGUACCUAUGGAGUUGUGUAUAAGGGUAGACACAAAACUACAGGUCAAGUGGUAGCCAUGAAGAAAAUCAGACUAGAAAGUGAAGAGGAAGGAGUUCCUAGCACUGCAAUUCGGGAAAUAUCUCUAUUAAAAGAACUUCGUCAUCCAAAUAUAGUCAGUCUUCAAGAUGUGCUUAUGCAGGAUUCCAGGUUAUAUCUCAUCUUUGAAUUCCUUUCCAUGGAUCUCAAGAAAUACUUGGAUUCUAUCCCUCCUGGUCAGUUCAUGGAUCCUUCACUUGUUAAGAGUUAUUUGUACCAAAUCCUACAAGGGAUUGUGUUUUGUCACUCUAGAAGAGUUCUACACAGAGACUUAAAACCUCAAAAUCUAUUGAUUGAUGAUAAAGGAACAAUUAAACUGGCAGAUUUUGGCCUUGCCAGAGCUUUUGGAAUACCUAUUAGAGUAUAUACACAUGAGGUAGUAACACUCUGGUAUAGAUCUCCAGAAGUAUUGCUGGGGUCAGCUCGCUACUCAACUCCAGUUGACAUUUGGAGUAUAGGUACCAUAUUUGCUGAAUUAGCAACUAAGAAACCACUUUUCCAUGGGGAUUCAGAAAUUGAUCAACUCUUCAGAAUUUUCAGAGCUUUGGGUACUCCCAAUAAUGAAGUGUGGCCAGAAGUGGAAUCUUUACAGGACUAUAAGAAUACAUUUCCCAAGUGGAAACCAGGAAGCUUAGCAUCCCAUGUCAAAAACUUGGAUGAGAAUGGCUUGGAUCUGCUCUCGAAAAUGUUAGUCUAUGAUCCUGCCAAACGAAUUUCUGGCAAAGUGGCACUGAAUCAUCCAUACUUUAAUGAUUUGGACAAUCAAAUUAAGAAGAUGUAGCUUUCUGACAGAG